GCUUACGAGAAGCGCUUUCCGACAUGCCCGAUGAUUCCGGUGUUUGUCGGCAGCGAGACGACCUACGAAUACAAGAGCGACGACGGCGCGAUGCACGUCGUCGAGAGACGCUGCAAACUCAACCUCGACGCCCCCUACAUUCUGAAAAAGAUUGUCGGAGUCGAAUACAUCUACUUUAUUCAGAAGAACUCGCUGGAUAGGCGAGCGCGCACGCUGAAAAUAGAGGCGCACAACGAGAGCUUCAGCAACAGAAUCAUCGUCAGAGAGAAUUGCUUCUACUCAGUAAGAGACCCUAGCUACCAUCUCUUCAACGAGCACACACUGCACGUGUACGGUUUCUUUCGUGUGGACAUUCAUUAG